UAAAAAAAUUGUGAUAGACAAGAAAAUUUUAAACUCACUUUAUACUUUUUUAUUUUUAAAAAAUGAAACUCUUUUUUUAAUGAAAAUUCACAUGUAUUAAAACGAUGGAAGUGACAAUGACAAAUUAUUUUUCGAAAAGCCCACAAAAGCCCGAAAAGCCCUGUAGCCCUAUAAGGGCCGGGCCGGGCUUUGAAUUCUAGGCCCAAAUUAUUUUCGGGCCGGGCCGGGCCGAGCUCAAAUAUUUACGGGCUUAGCGGGUUUGGGCCGGACCGGGCCGGGCCAGCCCGAAUUGACACCCCUAAAGAUACCUACCAAACUUUUCUCUCGACUCUAAAAAUCAAGAACCAAACAACCAUCAAUUAUGGCUUGGAUCAAUAGCAAACUUUUCUUCACUUCUCUUAUGAUUAUUGUGGCACUUAUUGGGGUUGGAGUAGGAGGAACGGUUCACAAAGUCGGCGACUCGAGCGGAUGGACCAUGAUGGGUGUGGAUUACCAAGCUUGGGCUUCUUCAAGAACUUUUCAAGUAGGAGACUCACUGGUCUUCGAAUACAACAACGAGUUCCACGACGUCACUGAAGUCACUCCCCAUGAUUUCGAGCUAUGCUACUCGUCUAAUCCGUUACCGAGGUACCAAACUGGAUCAGACACGGUAACUCUAACCAAACCUGGAUUUCAACACUUCAUAUGCGGAGUUCCUGGUCACUGCGACAUAGGACAAAAGCUUGGCAUCCUCGUCUUCCCGGUCUCGUUGGGUCCAGUGGCUGCUCCAGUUCCGGGACCAGUCAGAUCACCAAGCUCUUCUAUGUCUCCUUCACCUUCUCCCUUGGCUACUUCACCAACCAAUGCUCCACAAUAUCAGAUGGGACCAUCACCUCUUUGAAGCACUGUUUCUUUUUCAGCUUGUUGGCUUUGAUCUUUUGUUAUAGCAAUCUUGU